CUCAAACACACACACACACACACACACACAAAUAGGCUUCAGUCAAACCAGAGCUGUAGCUCGUGCAGGUCGGUUGGAUUUCUGUCUGUUGUCCGUGUCCUUUUUGUGUUUGACUGACAGCCUGAGGUCUUGAUGAUCCUUUAUCCAGGCAUGAGUCUGCUGGGCAGUUUUUCCUGGCUCCUGAUAUUUUUGAGUGCAGACGCUCUUACCUCAGGGGGAGCGACUGCUGGGGUAGGGGGCGUGGCCUCGGGGAUGUGUCAUCAUUCGUGCGAGGACUUGAUGACAGUGCUCACUGAGUUGCAUGGGCUCCGAGCCCUUACCAGCAGCCUGCUUAAGGACCUGGAGAGAGCAACGGAGGAGAACGAGGAGAUCCGCAUCUCCCUGCAGGAGCUGGGGAACAGCAGCAGCCCGGGCAGCAGGGAGGAGGAGGGGUCUGAGUGUGUGCAAGACGGCCGCGUGUAUCCGGAGGACGAUGACUGGGAGCUGGACAGCUGCACGACCUGUAGCUGUCAGGAAGGGGAGGUGGUGUGCAGACAGGUGUCCUGCCCUGCCGUGUCAUGUUCAAGCCUCUCCUUUACUGAGGGCGAGUGCUGCCCCCAGUGUUCAGCACAAGGCAGUGAGGACGGCUGGUCCCCGUGGUCAGAGUGGACACAAUGUUCUGUCACUUGUGGGCGUGGAGCGCAACAAAGGGGACGUUCCUGCGAUGAUGUCAUCACGUCCUGCUCCGGGCCCUCCCUUCAGACACGCAGCUGCUCCCUGGUAAAGUGUGACCGCAAAGCGCGUGUGGACGGAGGCUGGGGACGGUGGUCUCCGUGGUCAGCGUGUUCCCUGACAUGUGGCGAGGGGAACGUCACGCGUGUGCGCCUCUGCAACGACCCUCCUCCUCAGCGAGGGGGCCAAGACUGCGUCGGUGAAACCAAAGAGAUGCAGCCGUGCGACGGCAUACCUUGCCCCAUUGCCGGAGGCUGGGUUUCCUGGUCGUCGUGGACAGAAUGCUCGGUGUCGUGUGGGGGCGGACUGUCAAGCCGCCAGCGAGAGUGUUCGAACCCCAGCCCUCAGCACGGGGGCAGGAAGUGUGUCGGAGACUCGGUGGACUACGCAGCCUGCAACAGAGACGCCUGUCCCAUCGACAGCUGUCUCUCCAGGCCGUGCUUCCCAGGGGUGGACUGUGCCACCCACAGCGAUGGAUCGUGGGAGUGUGGAGCUUGUCCACUGGGUUACCACGGAAACGGCUCGUUCUGCAAGGACGUCAACGAGUGUGACGUCGAGGGGGUGUGUGUGACGGAGUGUGUGAACACUGAGCCGGGGUUCCACUGUCAACCCUGUCCGCCUCGCUACCGAGGAUCACAGCCAUACGGCCUCGGACUGCACGCUGCCAAGACCUCCAAACAGGUGUGUGAGCCCUACAACCCUUGCAAAGACAAUACACACAAGUGCCACAAGCAUGCCAGGUGUGUGUACCUGGGGCUGUCCUCACAGCCCAUGUACCGCUGUGUGUGCGCUGUGGGUUUCGCCGGAGACGGCUUCCUAUGUGGCGAAGAUUCCGACCUGGACGGAUGGCCCAAUCACAGCUUGACAUGUCAUCUGAAUGCUACUUACCACUGCCAGGAGGAUAACUGUCCCAUCAUGCCAAACUCGGGGCAGGAAGACCGUGAUCAGGACGGCUACGGGGAUGCCUGUGACCCUGAUGAUGACAAUGAUGACAUCAUUGAUGAGAGGGACAACUGUCCACGGGUGUACAACCCUCGGCAGUUUGACUCAGACCGGGAUGGGGUGGGGGACCGCUGUGAUAACUGCCCCUUCGAACCCAACCCCCUGCAGACAGACACGGACGCCAACGGAGAGGGGGACGCCUGCAGCAUUGACAUGGAUGGAGACGAGAUGCUGAAUGGGCACGACAACUGUCCUCUGGUGUACAACACAGACCAGAAGGACACUGAUCUGGACGGAGUGGGAGACCAGUGUGAUAACUGUCCCCUCCUCCACAACCCCUCACAGACUGACUCUGACAGCGACCUAGUCGGGGACAAGUGUGAUUACAACGAUGACAUUGACGAGGACGGCCAUCAGAAUUCUCUAGACAACUGCCCAUACAUCGCCAAUAGCAACCAGGUCGACCAUGACAAAGACGGCAAGGGCGAUGCCUGUGACCAUGACGAUGACAAUGACGGUAUCCCUGACGACCGUGACAACUGCAGACUGGUGCCGAACCCAGACCAGCUAGACGUGGAUGGGGAUUGUCGCGGAGAUGCCUGCCAGGAUGACUUUGACAACGACAGCAUCCCAGACGCUCUGGACCCGUGUCCUGAAAACAGUGACAUUGGAGCCACCGAUUUCAGGAAGUUCCAGUCUGUGUUGUUGGACCCCCGGGGCACGGCCCAGUCAGACCCGCUCUGGGUGAUCCGUAGUGAGGGGACAGAACUGCUGCAGACUGCCAACUCAGACCCUGGCAUUGCCCUCAGCUUUGAUAAGUUCAACGCGGUAGACUUCAGUGCAACGUUCUACGUGAACACAGAUAGAGAUGAUGAUUACGCAGGGUUGGUGUUUGCCUACCAGUCCAGCAGACGCUUCUACGUGGUGAUGUGGAAACAGCUGUCUCAGGCCUACUGGGAGAAGAAGCCUUCUCGUGCCUUCGGCUCCGCUGGCGUCUCCAUCAAGGUGGUCAACUCCACCUCCGGCCCAGGCAGGGGCCUUCGCAACGCCCUGUGGCAUACUGGCAACACCCGGCAUCAGGUCCGUACACUGUGGCAUGACCCCAACAACAUUGGCUGGAGGGACUACACAGCUUACCGCCUGCACCUCAUCCACCGGCCGAAGACUGGUUUCAUCCGGGUGGUGGUGUAUGAUGGCAGGGACAUCAUGGUGGACUCGGGCCCAGUGUAUGACCUCACGCUGGCUGGAGGCCGACUGGGGCUGUUUGUAUUCUCUCAAGAACACGCCCUCUUCUCAGACCUCAGAUAUGAGUGUCGAGAUAACUGAGCUCUUUAGUGGAAGCCCUAUCUGAUGACAGCAAAAGGAACACCUACUUGUGGUUGUUACUAAACAUAUACAUUCUUCAGUUAAGGUGGCUUGCAAUGUUUCAUACAUCAUUUCUUGGAAGAGCCAGAUCUGUGUGAUUAUUACAGUUUUUUCAAAUGCUUACACACAAAUUCCUUACUUUUCACACAAUUUCUGAAACCUGACACUCAAACACCAGAACCACACCACAAAUCUGCAAAACCAAACGCACAUUUAGGGGCUUUGACUCCGUUUUCAAUUUCAUAAAACACUUUUUGCAAAACACAACACACAAUUCUCCACGUAACACACAAAAUUCUAACAGGGAGCAUCUUGAUUUUCUUUUUCAAACACAACCAAUCAAAAUGACACACUAUUUCAUCAGUGCCUUACACCAAGUCCUCACAUGUGUUAACACACAUUGCUUUACUCGACACCAACCUAUCAUGGCUUUAGAAUAGGCCUAUAAAUAGCCUAAUUGUAGUUGAUUUACAGUGGUGGGUAUAAUUUGAACCUUUACUGUAGAAAAGAUAACAGGUAUGUAACAAUAUACUGUAAUAUACACAUGUUCUAAUGUACACAUAAUAGCUGUUUCAACACACGGUAUACUAUACACAAACAUAUAUUUUAGCACCCAUGCAUCCAUUGACUGCAGUGCACUGCAUGAUUGGUCACAGUCUGGCGGAUCACUGUAUCAUACCGUCCAACAGUACAGUGACUGUAAGAAGACAUUCUGACAAUAUUGUAGGAAAUCGUACUUUUACUGUAUGCUACAGUUCAUGGCACACACAGACACACCAUUCCGUAAUCACCUUUUUCAAAAUUACCUGUAGGUUUGGUUUCUGUCCUACUACACUCUUUCUUUUGUACUCUGUAAUACUGUAUUCACAACCACAAAUGCUUAUAGUAAAAAAAUAAGUUUGGUUUCAAUCUUGAUUUCGUGUCUAUGAAUUUUUCAUCGUCUCUGCCAUUUAUUUUCAAUCUUGUACAGAAAUGUACAAAGGAGCUAAUGAAAGAAGAGCUUUAGGUUUUGAAUAACUGUGUGUAUAUGAUAUAUCCAAAACUGUAAUAUUAUGGCAAAAGUGUUUGCUACAUGAGACAAAUGUGUGCUUUUGAGAGGUGUUUGUGAAUUUUUUUAUGCAGUACUUAAUUUUGCAAGAGAAGCGAGGCAUUUAGCAUUUUGUGUGUGCAGUUGUUGGAUUUGUGUGUAAGCAUUUGUAAAAAAAACUGUAUGCGCGUAAAAUUUAUCAUAAAGCUUUUCAGAAUUUUGUUAAACUGUGUAUAUUUACAAAGCUAUGUUUGCUUUGCAGAAGAACAAUUUGUAAAUACUUAUUUAUUUCACAAUGUAUUUUGUAACAGUGUUACAAUACUCUACAUCUAUCUGAUCAUUGUAGUUCACACAAUAAAUAAAAUGUUUGAUGGUG